CAGGAUGAUGACACAAAGGAGAAGCCUACCCAAGUGGCAUCCCAUGGAAACCAUGCUGAAAAGGACACUGAAGAAGAAUUACAGUUCCUGAACCUAGAGAUGGACGCUGAAGGCUUGUGGAGUUGAGGUGCGCAGAAACUGAUAGAGAUUCUCUUAAUCUGCUUUGCAAGCUGCAGUGACGGCUGCAUACAGCAGCCAAAGCAGGCAACAUGGCGACACUUCUGCUCAGGAGGGGAGAAGUCGAGUAUGUGACCAAGUCCGAAAUGAAAGAAGUUCUCACUGUGUGCGAGAAGGCCGUCAGGGAGGGAAUCCUCUUGGAAGUGGGGACGUCCUUUUUUUCCUUGUUCAUCGACUGUGUUGUGAAGUUUGGGGGAGAAAGACAAUCUUCCACUCUCCUGAGGUUUGUGGACAGUUUUGAUGUCAUGCGAUUGGAGUUGAUGGGAUUCCUUGAGGCGGAUCUGGAUUGUGAUGCCAUGGGGCAGCGUCUGCUGGAAAUAGUAAACCGUUGAGUGGAGGCUUGAUUUGAAUAACUGCAGAGGUCAAGCGUACUUGGGGCUCUGGGGAUGUUUCCUACAAGCUGAAAGCCUUUGCCUGCAAAGUCCAGGAGACUCAUCCUCUUGCUAUAAGCACACACUGCUCUACCUACUCCUUCAACACAUGGUGGUCAAAAUCCAUCCCAGUGCCUGCUAUUAAGAGAGCCCUGGAUACAUUCGAAGAGGUUUUGAUGUUUUUUUGGCAGCAGCGCUACUCUACAAAAACAGCUCGACCAUGUGAUAGCGUUUGGUCUUAGAGAGAGCUAUGAAAAGGUCCAAGAGCUACAAGGGAAGUUCUGUGCCCUUUGGCAGGAGAAGCAUGAUUCUUAUGAGGUGUUUUGUGCAGAUGCUGGGAGCCCCUGGUUGAAUGUCUGGAGAAAAUCAAAAAUAAACCACAGAGAUGGAAAGCCUUUGUGUCCGACCAAGCUGGGGCACUCCUCCGCAAGGUAAUGGAGUUUGAUUUCAUCAUUGCCAUGGUGGUCUUGAAGAAUACAUCCUCUUUCACAAGAGAGCUGAGUGCAGGUCUCCAGAAGGACCACUUCAGUGCUGCAUCCAACUUUGCCAAAUCAGCGGAAUUGGUGGCCACUCUGAACCGCGUGAAAACGAAUAUGAAGGUGUUUCACACCAAAACUGGUUUGACGAGGCCUGUGCGAUGGCACAGAGUCUACCGAGUGCAGAUUGAAGUGCCUGAAAAUGCCUUGCAGACGGCAAAGAGACAGCAUGAUGAAACCAGCCGGUUUUUACAAAGAUGGCUUGAGUGUACCCCUAGUAGAUAACCUCAUCAAUGCUGUAAAGGAUCAUUUUUCAGAGGACCACAAGAAGCUCUGAACUUCCUCUCCCUAGUUCCAUGCUACCGUCACAGUGAGUUACAUGUUUGAGAGCCUGAAGUCGAAGCCUCCGCUCUAACAGCGGCGAUCUUCCUGAUUCUGACAACUUCUUCACAGAGCUGUGCUGUUGGAGAGUAACAUGGAAGACCAAAGUUGCGUCUGUGACCGUCCAGGCUCAAUAUUUCACACCCUGCGCCUGCCACUCAUGCAGUACUUCGGCAACAUCAAUGCACUGCUGAGGAUCAUGUCUGUGCUACCCAGCACCGCGCUGGAGGACUGCGGUGUCAUAAUGCGCCACAAGAAAGUUCCAAGAGUACCUGAGAAACACAAAUCCCAAAGACCGGUCCCCAUGCUUGGCUAUGCUGCAGGUGGGCACAGACUUCAGCAGAGACCUGGACCGCAUGGUGACCCAGUGUUUGAAGGUUACUCCGCAAGCCUUGGAGGGUAUAUGUCUGGACAAGGAAUCCAAAAAGUUUCAACAGAAACUCUGAAAACAAUAUGGAAGUUGAUUGUGUCAAGGAGGAAACCGAAGAGCCUAAAAUCCAUCAAUCUCCUGACAAAGUUGAGGACCAGGACAUGAAACCAACAGAUGAGAACGGGCACUCAUGGAGAUAAUCGUCAAAGUCUGGCGACGGUGUUCAAACUGGCCACAACUACUGGGCAAAAAGAAUAUCGCCUCUCUGACCUCUCAGAGGAGGACCGAGAGCUUUUCAUCCAGGAGCUCAGCAUGUGCCACUGGUUUGGAAAUGAGGGCAAAUGCGUGCCCUCUAUAGGUGACGAUGAAAUGGUGAACCUCCUCAUCAACGGCAUCAGAGAUGUCAUACUGAAGAAGAUACAGGAAUCGCCGUUCUUCUCAAUUAUCACGGACAAACCGGUUAAGAUUGAUCACAAGACCCACCUGCCAGUUUUUGUCAGGUUUGUUGGAGAAUCGGCUCCAAAAGUAGAGCUCAUGGGUUUCUUACCAUUUGAUGAAAGCUGCCAUGUUGAUACACAAGCGAAUAACCUUGCAAAGAUUCUGACCGAAGACUGGGGCUUACCGAUGUCUCAGUGUCGCGGACAAGCAUUCAUGCACUUGGGCUCAGGUUAUCAGAGCCUGAAGAAAAUGUCUUUAGAUUUCCUCAUGAGCUAUCCUCUCUCCGUUGUAACGCCCAGCGAGUCUUGCGGCCUUGCCCAUUGGCUGGCAGGUAGUGUGCCUUGCCCUUCAGUAGCAAAAAUGUUGGAUAUCACAGAAGACCUGCUGCUGUUCUUUGAUGAGUCUCCUAGUCUGGAGGGACAGCUGGCGCAAGCUGUUGACGGGCUCUUGAAUUGGCCAAGAGAGGCGCUGGAGGAAAUGCCAGAAACAUGUUGCUCAAGGUGGAAAAAGAGAGAGGACUUCUUCGACAUACUCACCGACACAUUAGAGGGAAUCCUCAGCUGCCUCGACGCUGUCAGCGCGAGUGCCAUCGGUGCCAAGUCGAUGCAUGCACAAGUUCUCUCCACCGCUCUGAGAAAUCUGGAUUUCAUUGUCACCCUCGUGAUUCUGAAGAAUGCUUGUGCUCCUCUUCGUAACUGUAGCACCGUCUUCCGCUGUGGAAACCCAGCUGAUAUUCUCUGUGAAGUGGAAAAAAUCCCCUCGAUCAUAGAGACUCUUAACAAAAUGUUAGAAAAUGUGAGCACUCUGCACUCCACUUGGUUUGAGCAGGCAUUCCAGCUAGCAACCAAGGUAGCGCCUGAACAAGUGUGCUUCUCGGAGGAAGCCAACAGCUAUGAAUCUCCUGAGAUCUAUUACAGAGAGAAUCUGAGCGCCCCUCUCCUCAGGAGUCUCGUUGAUGAAAUGAAGUACAGCUUCUCAGACAGCCACUUGAAGGCCCUGUCGGUUCUGUCCUUACUGCCCUCCUGCAAUCCACAGCCCAUUCUGCCGGAGACCACAGACAAGCCAUUCAGCCUCUACCUUGCAGAUCUCUCUGAGCCGGAAGCAGCCGAGCAAGAAAUCAACGCAUGGGCCACCGUCUGGGAGGAGAAAUACCAGGAUGCUGCUCCUCCAUCAUCCAUCGCUGAAACGCUAGUCCACCCUGAGUCGAAAAGCCACCCAACUGUUGCCUCACUGCUUAGGCUAGUAGCGGUCCUGCCCAGUGUCAGUAUGGAGUGGGACCUGAUGAAGACCACUCUGAAUUCCAUGAGGGAUCUGUUAAAAAACACUGUAUGCAAAGGCAGCAGAAAGGACCAUGUGGUGCUCCUCUCUCACUGCACCACUCUGCAGAGACUGCCCGAGGUCAUUGAGAAGUGUAUGGAGGUUGAUCCAGAGAGCAGUCCAUGUCUAUCCCAGGUGAUGGGAACUUUGCAAAGACUGAAGUUGGACAGCGGAGGCAUUAAAGCGGCACCAACAGAAUUGCAUUCCUCCAUUGAAGCAGAGAAACCUGCUGACGGAGAGGUGAAAUCAGCUGAUAGUGAAGUGGUGCUGGAGGUCGCACAGGGACCAAGGACAGCAGUGUCUUUCUAUGAGCCACAACUGCGUGAACAAAUCCUCAAGGAACUCUGGGACUCUCAGUUCUUUACAGUUAUAACUGAGCGAGCUGUCGACAUUGACGGCGAGCUUUAUGUCCCGCUGUGCAUUAGGUACUUAAACAAAGAGGACAUCCAGUGUGAGGAAACACUGGCUUUCAUCCCUUUUAGCGAAGACCCAGUUGUCUUCGCCGAUGCUAUUGAGACCGCCCUGUCUGAGAAGUGGGGGCUCAACAUGGAGUACUGUAGAGGGCAGGCCUUGCUGAGUGUUGGUAAAGUCGGAGCUCAGAUGAGGGUUGUGAGUUUAGCCAUAGCUAAGAAAUACCCUCAGGCUGUAAGAACAGUCAGCUCAGCGCUGUCUCUUAAUGUUUGGCUGGCUAGAUCGUCCCCCGCUGAAGAAGCAGCAGACGGAGCACUUCUCAUAGGGAGAAUAUUACAUUGGUUAACAGAGGAUGCAGAACGCCAGAACAAACUGGAAGACAUGAUCAUUCACGUGUUCCAGCAGGAUGAGGUAAAGGGCAACGAGCUGAGGGACAAGCUCAUCAAAAACUGGGAUAAGAGUCACGUCAUGCACGAGGUGAUGGUGGAGGUUUUAGAGGCCGUCAUGCUCUGUUUGAACGAGCUGAAAGGGGAGGGAAGUGCUUCUAACCGGCAGCAAGCGUCACAAUUGUUCGAAGCGAUCCGAAACUUCGAGUUCAUCCUGUCAACCGUGGUGCAGAAGAACAUCUUGAGUGUUACUAAAAAGCUGAGCCAGUCUCUGCAGGGCAAACCCUUAGACAUGUUGCUUGCUGUGAAUAAUUUGCCUGAGCUCAACGCAUCCCUCAGUAAACUGAAGAGUGAUAUUGACACCCAUCACAAGGCCUGGUUCGAGGAGGCCACCGCGCUGGCCUCCAAACUCCAUGUAACAACGAUGCACUCGGUGCUUCUAGAGCCACUGAGUGAGUUUUACAAGGAAUCCGUGAGCAUGAAGGUCAUCGAGCACUCGUUAGCAGAAAUCGACGACCUCUUCACAGAAAAGGUAUUGGAUACCUUGAGGUGUCUGGAGAUUGUGCCUUACGCAAUGUCCAAAGUAGAAACCAGCAUUCUUAGUGGUCUUGUGUUCCGCCUGUACAAGGAGGACUUGCCCGAUCAGGUCUCGCUUCACACUGAGAUGAAGUCGUGGAAGGAGAAGUGGUUGGAUCCCCUGGCGGGCUAUCUGCCGACCACCGUGCUCGAUACGCUCAAGACUUCGCAGAUAAGAAGUUUCAGUAACAUUGAAACUCUCCUCCGACUCCAGGUCAUCUUGCCGUUUUCAAGGAGGGAGAGCAACUUCAGGCAGGGAAAAAGAAGCUUACAGGAGUUCAUGCAGCAGGACAAGCGCUCCCUCGCGGAGCUGCAUCCUCUGUAAGAGAUGCGGGGCUUCAUCACUCGCUAGCAGAUUUGAGCGCCAACCAUACCUAAGAACUAAUGUGUCUCAGCCCUAAUUGAGGUCCCAUGUUCUGAACUCGAUACUUCUGUGUACAUUAUUGAUCUGAGUUCUUUGAGAUUUCCUUUAGUUGUUAUCCUGCAAACUAAGCCCUAUGUUAAUUUUUUUUAUCCUGUAGUUUGUACAGUUGUACUGCCCAAUGGGACCAAUGUCUUGGCAAAAAAAAAAAAAGAAGAGCAAUGCUUGUGUGCCUUGAUGCGAAACGAAUAAUUCACCCCAUGUAAUCAUGAUAAUUCAGAUGUUGAAAAAUGUCCCAUUGGCGUUGACUGACUUCUGUAUCGCUGUCAUGACUUUAUUAUAAUGAUUUAAUUGCACCCAUAACCUUUCCUGGGCACAAAUAGAAAUGGUUAGUUCCAUCAUGUCUUCUGAUGAUUUCUCAUGUUUCCUGUCUCUUUACAGGAAUAAAUUUGCUGUAAACGUAUCUUUUGAAAGAAUGUUUCCUCAAUAGGAAAACCUUCAUAUAUAUUUGUCAAAAAAGUAAUAAAAUUCUCCAAAAAUA